UUCGCUGUGCGUCGUGACGCAGCACGUUGCAGUCCUAACGGGGCGGGGCUCGUAAACAGAGGAAUCGAAAUAAAGGAUCGUGCAGAAAUUUAGCCCAAAGUGUUUCUGUUUUCCCGUCGUGUUAAAGGUAAAUCUCCUGUGAUGCCGAUUCGCCGAGCAGCAGCGACUCCGACCCAGGAGAAGACCCCCUCCACUGCAGCAGAGAAAGAACCUGAAGCCUCCUCGGAGGAGUCGCCCGCUGCCGAGAAGGAGCAGGCCGCGUCAUCAGCCGCAGCAGCCGAUGGCGACGAGGGCAGCGCUGCGGGCAAGACGGCGCCCGCGGAGAACGGGGAAAAGGCCGACGGUGCUGCAGCAGAAAAGGAAGGAGAAGGGAAAGAGAAGAAAGAUGACAAAUGCAAGGACUGCGCGGCUGGACAGUGCGCAACACACUGCUAUGUUCUCCUACUAAGGUUGAAGGAUGGCUACAAGUACGAGAAGUCUAAAGUCAAGAAGGUGAAACGGACGAUUCCUGCGUGGGCUAGCGUCACUGCGAGCAAAAAGGUCCCUGUUACCAACUUUGCUGGCACUCAGAACAAAGUGGAUAACAUCCUCAUUGAAGCCAUCACGUCUUGCAAUGACAGGUCUGGGGUUUCAUACCAAUCUGUCAUGAAAUAUAUCGUGAAAAAAUACCCAGGGAUGGAGCUUGACAGGAAGAAGUUCCUCAUUAAGAAGGCCAUGAAGAAACAUUUGGAGAAGGGAACCAUCAAACAGUUAAAGGGGAAAGGUCUUUCAGGGACCUUCACCAUUGGGAAGCAGACUCCCCUGUCUAAGAAAGCUGCUCAGAAGCAGGAGUCUCUGGGAGACGCUCUUCCUCUCAUCAUCACUCGGCUCUGUGAGCCCAAAGAGGCCUCAUACAACCUGAUCAAGAAGUACCUGGAGCAGCACUUUCCCAGCUUUAACAUCGAAAACAGGCCAGAAGUCUUGAAGUCCGCCCUGGUGAGGGCUGUUGAGAAAGGGCAACUGGAGCAAAUAACUGGGAAAGGCGCAAGAGGGACUUUCCAGCUGAAGCGUACCGGCAACAAGGUCCUGCUCAAGGGUGGCACCUUGGAGGACGCCAUCACAGCUGCUAUCACAGCCAUGAAUGAACCUAAAACCUGCAGCACCACAACUCUACGGCGAUACCUUUUAGACGCCAACAAGGACAGAAAGGAGUACCAGUUAGUGGCCAAUCUUCGGAGGACCCUGACAAAGUGUAAAGUACUCGGAUGGAUGGAGCAGAUUACUGGUCACGGCUUCAACGGGACCUAUCAGCUGUCGUUCCCUUUCUACCCAAGUCCCACCAUCCUGUACCCAGACAAGUUCAAAGAAAUUCCAAAGAAAGACGCUGCACCUCCAACCAAGCGGCGAACAGUUGAAUCUUCAGGCGAAGACGAGGAAGAAUCAGAAGAAGAGGAAGAGUCUGAGGAUGAAGCCCCAGCCCGUAAGAGGAAACCUCAGAAGAGGCCUCCACCCAAGGCUCGUCGUCCUCCUCCAACCAAGAAAUCUUCGAGCGCAAGUCAGUCAAAAGCUAAAGGCAGAGGACGUUCGCUCGCAAAGAAGUCUCCAGCCAAGAAAGCAGCAUCUCUUCGGCCAAGAGCUCGGGAAAAAACAAUCAGCCCCUAAGAAGGAAUCCGAGUCGCCAUCUAAAGCCACACCUGUCAAGAGAGGCGCCCCUGCAAAAAAAGCCCAAGACACCA